AUGGCGCCAACCGUUGAGAUAGCAAUCCCGAAUACCACCCUCUCAAACACCUCCCCGCCAUACACCAUCUACCACAUCACCCUCCGCCUCCCGCUCCGCUCCUUCACGGUCCCCAAACGCUACUCGGACUUCUCAACCUUCCACAGCACCCUAGUCUCCCAAACGAAUGCCCCUCCGCCAGCUCCCUUACCUUCAAAAACCUGGUUUUCGAAAACAAUCUCGAAUGAACGAUUGCGCGAAGACCGCCGCCGCGGCCUAGAGGAAUACCUUCGCGCGAUCAACGAGUCCGACGAUGGGCGCUGGCGCACUUCGCCCGCGUGGCGUUCAUUCCUCAAUCUCCCCACCGCAGUCGCAUCAACAGGCACCGGAUCAACAAACACCUCCACCCGACUCCACGCCGCCAUCACAGACCCAGCCGCUACAAACGCACCCAUCACAGACCCGACGCUAUGGCUCGACUACUAUCGCGACAUGAAAAACUACCUCCAUGACGCACGACUACAACUAUCUCGCAGAGACCAGGAGACAACGCCACAGAAGCAACACGAGAGCUCUGCACAGGCGAAGGGCAGCCUUGUCCGUGCGGGGACAAUGAUCACCACUCUGGACGAUGGACUGAAGAAUCUAGGACGCGAUGAUAAGAGCUCCCAGUCACAGACAUCAUCUAGUCUCGGUGGAGGCGAGAUCCGCCGACGAAAGGACCUGCUCAUUAAUGCGCGCAAGGAGAAAGACGGCCUGGAGGAUCUCUUGCAUGCUAUGGCGACCAAGAGCCGGCUUGAUCAUACUGUCGCAUCCAUCCAAGAUAAAGGAGCUUUGAUCAAUGCCGGGAAUGUCGCUGGAGAUGCGUCUAGUGGGCGUAAAACGCCGGCGCGGGCGGGCAGGGUCCUUGGUAAAGAGACUGAGCGGACUCGAGAGCUUGACAACGAGGGUGUGCUGCAGUUGCAGAGGCAGAUGAUGCAGAGUCAGGAUGAUAACGUGGAUGAGUUGAGGAAGAUCAUUAUUCGACAGAGGGAACUCGGCACGCAGAUUAAUGAGGAGCUCGAGGUGCAGAAUGAUCUGCUGAAGUUGGCGGAUGAGGAGGCUGAUAUACUGAAAUCCAAGAUGGACAUUGGAAGGAAGAGGAUCGGAAAGAUCUCUUGA